UUAUAAACGAAGAGAGAUUCCUACAAAAUAAAUGCUAAUACUUAUCUAAAUCAAAUAUUUGUAAGACUAAUCGUAGGAUAGGAUCAAUAUCUAAUAAACUUAAUUUUAGGGUAUAAUGGGAUCGGAGCAAUCUUCAGUACCACCAAAGAAACAAACGCAAAGAGCGCCUCCCGUCCGAAGGGGGCACACUAUUGCAGUUACUAAUAUACCUGAACCAUCGAGAGUUGGGGAGCCGACAGUCAGUGGUAAUAACUCGCCUGGCACCAGUGUAUGUUCAGAUUCUGAACUACCCUACAUAUCGUACACUGUGGACCGGCCAAUAGGAGAUUCGCCAAAAGCUUCGGCGAAGAAUCAACGUGGUACUGACAGCAAGAAGUCUUUGCUCCAACGACGCCAGUUGAGUCUACAAGCGAGGAAAAGCAAGCGAACCAGGGAUAUAGUAGUUGUCAAACAGCCGACGGAUGAACAACUUGAUGAAGAUAUACAAAGAUUGCAGGAAAUUCCAACAUUUCUUCCAAUCAUGAGAGGGACUCUUGGGCUGCCGGGAGCUCGUGACCCUGAGGUUCUAGAAGGUUUGGACUACAGGCCUUGGGUUCGAUUGACGACCCGGCUUCAGGCGCACCUAGCCGCUUGCGCUCACCCUUUAGCGGCCGAUGAAAUAAGCAUAGCUAUGAAAAUUAAAGAGGCGGACCUGGAGGUGUCGCGCCUGCACGCGGCGAUGGUGGAGCGUCAGCGCGCCAACGCGCGGCACGCGGAGCGGCUCGCGCGCGCGCACGACGUGUCGCACCAGCUCACGCGCUGCUACUCGCUGCUGCAGCAGACCCUCUUAGACGCAGAAGAAUUGAAUGCUCUACUACCAGAAGAUAAGCGUUUGGAGCCCUUUGUGUGGAACACGGAAUGAUUGUAAAUUGACAUUUAUAAAGUUAUUACACAAAGCUAUUGUUAUAAAUAUUAUAAAUAUACAGUAUGUGUGAAAACCCCUGUCCGAUCCGCGAAGGACAUAUAAGUGACUUGGUAGAGGGGCUAAAAAAUAUUGAAGCAACUGUUGUUUUUAAUAUCACAUGAAAAUAUGUUUCUUUAGCGCAGCGUUAGCAACAAAUAUGAUGCUGAAUUUUAGGAAAAUUCUCCUUAAUUUUUAACUAAACUUAUUUUUCAUUUAUUCAUUUUCAGGACUGCCUCAAGUAAUCUGCAUGAUAUUAUUUAAAAUUAAUUAUAUCGUACGGAUAGAAUGCUUCCUUUUUUCGACGUUUUUAAACACUCACUUUUCUUGUUUGUUUGUCGCUCCGGUUGGACUUUUGCAAUUCAAUUUCGAGGCACUUCCCGAUAAGCUAGCAGGCUGAAAUUUUCAGGGAAGCUAUAAAAACAGCAUAACCGAUUUGGAUAGAAUUUGGAUGGAGUGACAUUUGAAAACGUGGGUAUUUUUUUUUAAUCUAUUAAUUUAUUCCAAUUAAUAAUCACAAGUAUUUAAUUAUUUUACUCUACACUGCAAUAUGGCUAGCCCUUAAAUGAUUAGACAGGUGUUUUAAUACAUACUUUACACAUAAUACUAGCUUUUGCCCGCAGCUUCGUAUAUUAUCAUAAAACAGAGCAUAUCUCCAAGAACAACGUCCACACAACCCCUAGACCCCUCACACCACUCGCCCGAUGUCUGUCACCACAUCACACUCACAACUCUCACUCAGUUCGCUCGUCACUCGUCACUCAACUAUUUCUAAUUAGUCUCGUCCAGUACCGUGAGGAAACACUUCCGCGUUAACGUUGACUUUAAAGGUCCAAUCAGAAUGCAGUACCCCGCUUCGUACACCUCAGAUAGUUGACAGAAUUAGGUAUUUGACUAAAACUAAUAAUUAUAAUAUAAAUCUGUAUAGUCCGUCAGAAAAUUUUCCAUAAAAUAUUGGUUACAUAUUUUUCAUUUUAUCACAUCACUAGCUGUUGCCCGCGACUUAACCUACCGCGAGUAAGGAAUUUAUGAACGGAAGCCCUCAAAGAUUAAUAAUUAUCCCUGUUUUUUUUUCACAUUUUACAUUGUAUCUUCGCUCCUGUU